GUUUAGAUCAGCUGGAUAUUUGUGUAGAGAGUAAGUGCUUGAGAUGCUCCUCAUUGGGAAAAGUAUUCCAGAACACCGUCUGCGUGAGUGAAAACUUGAAAGACCAAAAAAAAAAAAAAAAAAUUGAAAAAAUUGAAAAAAUUGAAAAAAAGUAAAAUAAUGGCACCAGACAGGCCGGAUACAUCAAAUAUGGAAACUGCCGUUGGUUUGACUGUCACGCACGUCCUUGACUGUGGUGAAGCUGUUUAUUCUGUGAGAGACGAAGACAUUGCAACUGAAGGCAGCUCCAUUGACGAAUUGAAUGAGGGAAGUCCACGAAGUGAUAAAUCCAUGAAAAGCAAUCAGUCCGAUGAUGAUUUGACAUCUCUUACUUGGCUUCAUCAGCAAAAUCUACUGAAGAGUCUUGAAAUUUCAAAAUCUUCCAAGAAUGCCAAAGAAGAAAAUGUCUUGAACAACAAUAUUUGCGAUGAUCUCUCAGAGAAUACAAAUUCUGUAUCCAGUCUUGAUGAAAGUUAUUCACCAGAGAGCAACGGCAAGAGUCCAAAUAGUUCAGUGCAAAAUCCAAAUUAUCAAUCGGCAGGUAGAAAUCAUAAAGUAUCACAAAUUUUCCAGGAGAAAAUCUUCUUUGAUGGAAUACCAAGCAAUCACUCAAAGAUCUCAUUGAGCAAUAAUAAUCUUCCAGUAUCAAAUCGCAUGAAGCAUCCAACACAUAUACCAUAUGAUCCUCAAUUACACAAAAAUAGUAAACCACCAUAUUCUUUUUCGUGUUUAAUUUUCAUGGCAAUUGAGGAUAGUCCAGUAAAAGCAUUACCAGUUAAAGAGGUCUACGCUUGGAUUCUCGAUCAUUUUCCAUAUUUUAGAAAUGCCCCAACCGGCUGGAAGAACUCAGUCAGACACAAUUUGAGUUUAAAUAAGUGCUUUCGAAAAGUUGAAAAGGCCUCAAAUUUGGGAAAAGGUUCUUUGUGGAUGGUGGAUGCGCAAUAUCGUCCAAAUUUGAUACAAGCACUCUCACGUGCCCCAUUUCCUCCGCCAACUGCUCAAAAUAUUUCAUCGCCCGAGAAAGUACCAAGAAAAAGUGUCAGCACACGACUUCCUGAUCCCGUUCUCUUUCCUUAUCUUUCAAAAAGACUUGCAUCAAGCAAUAUUUGCGAUACACAUGACAAUGAGAUUGACAGUGAUGUUGAUGCUGCAGCGGCUGCCAUGCUUUCUUUUAAACACGGACCCAUUAUUUUAAAUCAUAAUAAAGAUCGCAAGAGAAAGUUUCCGGAUCCGGAAAAGCUCGUUCCGGUAAUCACCAGGAGCUCUAGUGAGGAUCAUACUUAUAGUUGCAUCACUUCUAUUAAACUCGAAAGCAAAAGAUGUUCAAACACCGAAUCUUCAGGUGCGGAUUUCGAUGAACAAAGAAAAAUUGCCGAAGGUGCAGAUGCUUUAUUGAAUUUAGCUGGUGUCAGCACAGUAUUGAAUCAAAAUCGAUCGUAUCAUUCGCAAGGAUAUAGCGGUGGAGGAGGGGGAGGAUCAAAAACAGAAGGAGCGCCAAAAGCAAAAAGGAGAUCAACCAGCAGUAAUAAUGAUUAUUCAAAUAAUAAUGACAAGCGACGUCGACGCUGGAGAGAGUGGGGCGAGGGCAACCGUUACCUCAAACAGGUCAAGGGGUAAUAUAUACAUAUAUAUAUAUAAUAUCAUGUGUCAAUUCAUGGCAGCGCUAUAAGAAAUUCUCGGUUUUUUCUUCUUAUUUUUAUUAUGAUAUAUAUAUAUAUAUAUAGGAAUCACGCGAAAGAUAUUCAAAUAGAGCAACCUUCAUAAUCAAGAUCGCAUUUUCAAAAAAAGAAAAAGAUCUGCCUGAAUCAAUUUUUUU